CAUGUAAGGCAUGCUUUAAGGUGGUUUACGUUCAAUUACCUAAUCUUCAUUGGUAUUUAAAAAGUGAUUUAAACGUCUCAAGGAGAAAUAAUAAAACAUACCAAAGGCACACAGCUUUCCUGAGCUACAUACGAUUGAAACGCGCAAUGGCGAAUCCAUGUUCAUCGAAACGCCCAACUGGCAACAAAAAGGGCCAACAAGAUUCCUCCAAGAUCAAGAGCAAUCUAUCAGGUCUGAAACAUGCACUGCAUGGGACAUCGUAUCAGUUGAAACUUGGAAUUGUUGUUUGUCUGGCGAGUGCUAGAAAAUUAUUAGUACCAAACAGCAACUUCACCUUCAAGGUCAUAGCAGAGGAUCCUACGGCCGGUAAGUUCGAUGACAUCGUGUAUACCUUUCGAGAAGGCGACUAUACAGGAACGCUGAAGAUUCAAGCGAAACAUAAGCUAAAUAAGAGUGCGCUGCAGGAUGACGGCAGUAAAAAAUCUUCAGAGAUUCAAGGAAAACCCAAACACGAAUCGACCGGCCCCAAGAUUACUUCGAACGAUUUCAUAGCGGAUGCAAAAAAUGAUUUUUAUAUCGAACAAUACUACAAAUCGUUCCGUGAUCAACAACCACAAACAAUUGAAACUGGUCUGGAAGGAUUAAUCAUCUGCACCAACGCGGUUGUAGAUGACGACGCUCAAGUAAUGUGGGCACCAAUCGACCCAAAAGCGACAUCGCUGGAUUUCUACAUUUCAACGUUAUUCCGUCAAAUUCGAGGUACUUGUUAUCAACUUAAAACUCAUUAUAAACGUGCCAUAUUAGCCAAACUGAUGAUCAAUGCAAUGAAAUCAAAGGAGGAAAUGGUAUCCUGGCAAAACCCCCUCUUCAAAGAGUAUCGUGGGGCGAUCCUUAGUAUUAUCAAUAAGGAAGACAUUUCAACGAGUGUUCCUUCAUUCAAGUUUACAGACAGGUUUUUAGACUCUUCCUUCGUUAACGUUUCGCCAAGCUAUGAAGCAUUUAGAAAGGAGUUUGAAGAUCAAUACCGACAAGAAUUUCAAAUCGAAAGGUCUGUAUGGGAUGAUUUGAAAGAGAAACGUGUGUAUGUUUCGGAAGCCUUUCUGUCGGAUGAAAAAAAUCAAUAUUUUUCCUCAGCUUCAUUUCCAGAAGACAAUGUGGAUGAAUCUUUUAAUUCCUUCUGCGAACGAUUUCGUUUAGUUUGUGACACCUUUAGUGAGCAUGGUCUAGAUGACGCAAUUUCAGAACUUUGGGGAAAUUUGCAUUCUGAAGGUAAUACUAGUCAGGGGAAAAGGUGUGUAGAGACGAAUUUAGUUACUGAGAAACUAUUCAAAACGAAUUUUGAUUGGUUGAUGGAUCCAUUUGCCAAGCCGUUACAUUCAGAUGAUUUUAAAAAUGAUCUCGAGAAUAUUCAAAGCACAUUAGCACAUAUUAAGUUAAAAGGUACCUCUGAUAAACUCCGCAAGAAAGUAAUGGGUUCGUCGUUUAGAAUCCGCCCCGCAGCUCUUCAAGCAUCGGAGUUGUAUGAGCAAAUUGAAUCUGAGACCCUCUUAGAAAUUGAGGCAUAUGAUAUCCAAUUGGGAGUAACGCUAAUAUCAGACAUUUUGGCUAUGCAACGUAAAGAUAUUCAUAAUGCUUUAUUGCUCGACGAUAAGGAAUUCGUUGAUAAGUCGACAGUAGCAGAAAAUGUUUUUAGUACCUCUGAGAACCUAAGCUGUUUGAUCAUUAUUUGCCAUGAAGCGUUCAAAACGGUUCAACGUAUCGUACGAAGAUGGAAAAAAGAAAUACUAAAUACCCCUACAAAACAAGUUCUUCUUGUCAGGAAAGUAUUUGAAACUUCAGUUGAUCUUAACUGCUUUUGCAUUCGGGAUGUAACCGACGAAUCAUGGAAGCAGUUCCUCGAUAAAAGCAUUCCUUUUUGCGGUACAACCAUUUUGGCGGCCAAACUGUUUCAGAACAAUUUUGCUGAAACUUCCCUCGAAGAAUUUAUCCAAGAGUUGGACUUCGGGAAGCAAAUGAAUGAACAAAACCCAAUUAUUCAGACAUAUCAGGAAAUUGAGAGCACGUACGUUCAACGUGGUUGGAUCGAUCAGAAAACAAAACUACAGGCAGAGAAUCUAUAUAGAUCAGAUCGUGGCAAAAUGAUCGACAUCCUUAAAGACAUACGUGAAAUGCAAGAAGAAAAAAUUAGCUUCGUGGAAAUAACUGAACGCAUAAGGAAACUUUUGACAUUCGAUUGUAUUUUCACAGAGGCAAACAAGCGAGGGGAAGCAAUGGAACUUGCCGGUGGGGACGAUGUUAAAAAGGUUUUGAUAUUAUUAGGAGAAGCGGGACUCGGAAAAUCAACGAGUCUCACAUGGUUGGCUUGGCAUUUGUGGAAUCAAAACCCGGCUUUCUGGGUUAUUCGAUGUAACCUAUCGGAUCAUUGUUCCGAUUUUAAACCAUUUUUACAAAACAUAAAGAAUGGGUCUGAUAUAGUCAUCGAUGAAAAUGAAGCGUUGCAGCUGUUGUAUACGCUUAUUUAUUCAUCGCUUCUGGGACAGAAAAACGCUCAGAAAUGCCCGGAGUGUUUAGUUCUUUCUUAUGGAAAAGUAAUGUUGAACGUUGAACUGAUGAAACAUCAUAACUUGUCGUUACACAACUUAAUCCAUCUGUUGUUAUUCCAGGAAAAGUUUAAUGCAGGUGAAUUGGUGUUGCUGUUGGAUGGGUUCGAUGAAAUAGCUCCGCAUUACAAGGAUGUGGUGUUGAAGCUUCUCUUUCAUUUUGAUCAAUUUAAUGGAUUAAGAAAAAUGUACCUCACAAGUCGUCCUUACGGCUUUAAACAACUAUUUAAAAAGGCAUUCAAAGAGCUAGCAUUUUUUCAAUUGAAACCUCUCUCAUUGCAAAAUAAAGGCUCUAUGCUAUAUAGGAUGAUGAAGAGGAAAUUAAAUUAUACGAAAAUAGACACUGAAGAAAUAGUAGAUUUCCACAAAGCGUUGUGUGUUUUGAUCCUUUAUUAUUUGGAUGAAAUGAGCAACGUUCCAUUGAACCUGAUGAUGUCAGUGGAAAUGUUUUUGGAACUUGCUGAACGAUACAUAAACUGUCCUUUAAAAACUGUCAACAAAGAACUGUUUGAAGCAAUGAAAGACAGGUCCAAAUCAUCGUUUAUCAUAGAAAAGUUCGUGGAAAUGAAAAUCCAGUUAAUUUAUUGCAAGUUUGGAGCAAAACAAGAUGCAGUUGAUAAUCCUAUUUUAAUAGACAAACAUAAGGAAGAGAUAGAAAAAAUAAAACGGCAGCAUGGACUUGUAGCAUUGUGGGUUUUGCUUAGCAAAGAUGAAGUAGAAUCUAUCUUAUCAGCAUCUGAGAUGUGUGAGGCAAGCGAUUGCAUGGAGCACAUACAAGAAGCCAGAGAAAAAACUGGCAUUAUCCAUGGAAUUAAGGACGGUACACCAAUUUUUAUUCAUCGAACAUUCGCCGAGUAUUUGGCUGCUUGGUGGGUUAUCCAGCGACAAAUGGAAGGGAAGCAUAAACGAGAGAUAAAAAUAUCUAGUCUACAGUCGUUUUGGGAGGAAAAUGGCCUACGAAAACAUGUUGAUAAAAUUCUGGCUAAAGACCAUCCUCUUCAUCUUGCAGUCAUUGAGCACGAUUGGGAAACGAUAAAAUCAUUAGUUUCCGGAAAUCUUACUACUUUCAAUGAAAAGGAUGGUGGAAAUAGGACUCUAUUACACCUUUUGGCAUGUUAUGUGGAAUUUAAAUACUGGGGCAACUUGUUACCCAAUUUUGUUGAAUCAAACAAGAGUUUAUCUGACAUGAUAAGAGUCAAAGAAAGAUUAUUUGGUUUCACUGCUUUUGAUUGCGCGGUCCAUAUCAAUGUCCAUUUCUUGUAUAACCCUACCGAGCACUCCGAGUUUAUAUGUUUUCUUUUGCAUCAUGGGGCAUCAAUAAACAUAGGUAUUCUGUAUGAACAGUUAGUUUCAUCUGGACAAGUUAAAAUUCGCCAGGCUGCAAGGUAUGCCAAAUACGCUAUGGAAUAUCUAAGCCGACGAGCAAUUGAGUAUGAAUCUGACGAUGUCGGUAGAAACAUGAAACAAUUUUGUCAUAAUGUGGCGCAGGUUUUGAACAAUGAGUCAUCCGCACAUAUCGCAGGACCAUUCAAUCGGCAAAAUAUCUCGAGACAUGAGCAUUGUUACAUAGAACAUUCCAUCUUAGAAUACAUUAUCGAAGAAGAUUCGGUUUGGAUGCUAGAUAGUAUAAAGCAACAGAUGGUUGAUCAAGAGCAAUUCGUUCACAUGGUAAGAAAUUCAUUGUUCGAAUUGGCGUUGGAAAAGAAAUCAAUUUUUGUGUUAAGCUUUUUUGUUCAGCUUGAUGCAUCCUUGUUAAGUCACGACAAUCUUUGGAGAUGCAUACUAAAUACUGUGGAUUUAAAUUACACAAAUGAAUUUAAAUGUUUUGUCGAUCUGUACAUUUCUCAAUUAACUGUUAACAUUAGCAAUUUUAAAUCGUGUUCAAAUGAAAGCAAUGAUGAUGAUGAUAAUGUAAAUUAUUUUCCUAAUGCAGUUGUUGAAAACGAUAUCUACAUACUUGACCAAUAUCUUCACAAAGCAUUAUUGAAUAUUCCAACUGAAAUCACAGUCGAUAUUGUGAAUAGUAACAAAAUAGUUUUGGUGUUAGUUUUAACCAUAGUCAAACGAAGACCAUCAAUGUUGCGGUACUUGAAAGAGGCCUUUAGAUUGAAUCUUACUGUCGGUUUUAUUUACUAUCUUGCAAUGAUAUCCCACAAAUUGUUUUCUAAACAAAAAAAUAAUUUAGAAAGAAAUGUAGAACAAACAUAUGAAUAUCUCCUGACACAGGCAUCAAGCAUAGGGGACAUCGAAGGGAAUAAAAUUCUUCGACUUGCCCUGUUAACUAACCUUUUUAAAUUCUCUAAAUGUCUAAUUGAGCGAUACACUAUCGAUUUCCAAGCUGUUGAUGAGUUGAAUGGAUGGAAUGUGUUCCAUUUAUGUGUUUCACGGCCACGCUGUGAUGACGAUAAUGUUCUGGACACAAUGCUAGAAUUGUUUCGCUGCAUGUUUAACAAAACUGAGAUGAAUUGUUUUCAUGUUUUUGAUAAGAAAAAACGAUGCAUUCUGCAUCUUGCAAUCGCAAAUGGCCACAAAAGUAUAAUGGAAUACAUAGUGGCUCGGAAAUUAGAUAUCAAUUAUUUGAAUGCCAUAGAAAGCCUAGGAAUGGAUGCCUUACCAAGUUUAAUAUUUUGCUGUCGUGCAAUUUACAAGAUAUCAAAUUGUCUCCUAGAAACGGAGUGCUGUCGUGAAGUGCUUUCUAAGCUACUCAAGCAAAUUUCUAAGAUUUCAUUUGCAAACCCUGAUGAAUCCGCUGAAAAUGCAAAUAGAAUUUCUUUGUUACUUCAAGAAAAUGUCGUAGAGUUGUACAAAAUUGCGGCGGAUUGCGGUUCCCUAUGCCUGAUAUACUAUUUACAUCGUGACUUUCGUAGCACGAUCGUGUCAUCGUUUCAUGGUAAAAAUGGGUUAGAAUGCAUAAAAAAGAGCUUGAAUUCAUCUGAUUUUCGGUUGUUCCAAUGGAUGGUUCGUCAAUAUUGUAUCGACUAUCACAUAAAAAAUCGUAACGAAAAUGAGACGGAAGAGCAAUUUAUUUACGACAUUUUUGACAAAUGUGAUGCCGAAAGAUUUGACCCACGCAGUGUAGAUACACGUCAAAUAUAUUACUACACUGAGUUGAGCUAUGGUGUAGCAGAAUUAACGAAUAAUAAAUCAAAGGAAGAUUUAUGCAUUAUAAAGCUUGUGGUCCUCGCGGUGAGCCUCACACAUGAGCCAGCCAUCAGGUACUUGUGUGAUACAUUUGCUUUAAACAUCGAUCAGAAGUUAAUGUUCUUUAUUAUGAAAAAUGCACACGCAGCCUCGUGGAAAAGCAAUGAAUGUAUGUUCUGUAAGGCUGAUUUUGAUUCAAUGUAUAAAUAUCUUUUCGAACGAACUUCCAAUCUUUACGAAAUAGAUGCCGAUGGUACAAAUUUGUUACAUCUUGCAGUUUCAAAUAGACUCAACUGUAUGGCCAUUUUCUUGAUUAAGCAAGAGAUUUUCAAUAUCACGACCGUUAAUAAGCAGAACGGGUGGAAUGUCUUCCAUUACUGUGUUUCGCGAAACUCUGAACAAUCGCUUGAAGUUUGCUGUAUCGAAAAUGAAUAUUUAUUUCAUUACAUGCUAGAACGGGUGCUUAAGAACGAUGAGAGUACGGCCGAUGUUACGGUCGAAGAACUCUGCUUCAAAGCUAAUGACGGAAGACAGAGUGUCAUUCAAGUUGCGGUUGAGUUUGGAUACGUAAAAACGGUGGAGUACCUCAUUCGCUUACGGCUUGGAAUUGACGAAAUCGACGAACAGAAAAUAUUGAAUGUAAAUGAAUGUGAAAGAUUUAAAGAAUGUUAUGAUUUGCUGCAGCAAAUGAUAGAAAAAUUUCCAUUCAAUGCACAAUCUGAAAAACUCUUAAAUAAAAUAGCCAAACCCAUUGAUAGGUUUUUACUAGCAAAUAUUAAACAUGCAAAUAAAGCAAAGAAAGUAGAUACCUGUCGAACAGCGAUCAAGUAUAGAUCUGUUUCAACAUUGGAGUAUCUGACCACGGAGUACUCGCGUCAAACGAGCCAAGCAUUGGCUAGUAGCUCUAGCAGAGAAUUGUUUGGCUGCAUGAUGGAAUGCAUCCGACGAAACAGAAACAGUUUGUUCAAUGUGCUAGUUGAUCACUAUAGCACCUUACCAGAUAUUCAAUCUAGCAUGAAGGUUCAAUAUGAAACAUUGGCUCGUUCAUUUUUUAGACUUCUUGGUGGAGAUGCCGAACGUGAUCCAUCACCUAUUAAAUCGAAAUUUUGUUACGAUAGCGAGAUUGACGAGGGCCUUAUAGAGUGGUCAGUACUAGACCAAACGGACCACAGAGUGUCCAAAUACCAGGGUUGGAUACCGUUGCUUAUUCUGUCACUGGUGCAUAAGAGGCUCGUAAUGACACAAUACUUGGUUGACAAACUUAAGCCUAUCUUCAAUAAAUCGUUAGUUAUAGCAAUCAUGAAAAUGUUUAACAGAAUAGAACGUUUUGACCAUAAAAUUUUGAUUUAUGAAUUCCUAGAAAGCGCGUAUGAAAAGAAAACUAGUUUGUUGCAUCUUUAUUGUGCGGCUGGGGACGAGCAGAUGGUUCGAUAUCUUAUGAGCAAUUUUGAUCCCAGUAGAAUUGAAUCGGAUGAAGGGUGGAAUGCCGCUCACUAUUGCGUAUCAGAACCGAUGUCUUAUGACAGCUGGAGUAAUACUUUAAAAUUAUUUGUAUUCCUUAUGCAUAAGAAGAAUGUGGACUGCUACGGUGUUUAUGGUCGGAGAGGUGUAAGUGUUCUGCAUUUGGCUGUGGAAAACGGCCACAAACGAAUAGUCGAACACAUAAUCCGUGAUCAAUUGGGCAUAGAAGCUAAUGGUGAUAUACAAGAUACGUGGAACUUAGAGAAAUUAAAUGAAUUCAUCCUUGAAUUCGAACGAAUUAUUUCACGCGCCUGGAAUUCCAGGCCAUACUAUGACGACAUUUUACGAAAACUCAAUGAUCGCAAAAUGGAAUUAACAGCAUUCAAACAAUUAUUCUAUUAAAGGUUAUAUUAAAGGUAUUGUUCUAUUAAGGUAG